CGUUCUAAUCAGCUUAGAAUUACAAUAGUUUAGAUACUUCUAAUUAAUAAACAGAUACCAUUUAAAAAGAAAAAAGUUUAGAAUUGCAUGAGGUACAUUUGGUAUGAUUCUAUCAAGUGAACUCAAAACACCCACGUCUUCUUUUUUCCCACAAAAAAACAGACAAUCUUAUUUCAACACACUUUCUUAAAAUAAAAUAUAAAAUCAACAAAGAAACAAAAACAACCGUUCAUGCUACCUAAUUCCUCCUCCAGGGAACCAGCUUUUAUUAAUUUCUAUCGUCAUUCAUGCAAUUCUCACCCCCAUUUUCAACGUAUUUAUAUACCUCUCUACUUCCAUGAUAAUGUCUGAAUACACAUUUCACAAUUAAACAACUCAGAAUAAGGGGGAAAAAAAAUGGAGGUGGAAAGAGUUCAGGCAAUAGCUUCAUUAUCAAAAUCCCAAGACACAAUCCCAGCUGAAUACAUCAGAUCGGAGAAUGAGCAGCCGGCAAUCACAACCCUUCACGGGGUGGUUCUCGAAGUUCCGGUGAUCGACCUCGGCGCCGGUUCCGGCGAUGUGGUGGAGCAGAUAACUGAGGCAGCUAAAACAUGGGGAAUCUUCCAAAUCGUGAACCAUGGAAUCCCAGAUGAGGUGAUAGCCAAAUUGCAGCAAGUUGGGAAGGAAUUCUUCGAGGUGGUUCCGCAGGAGGAGAAAGAGCUGAUCGCGAAGCUUCCCGGGUCGGAUAGUAUUGAAGGGUACGGGACCCGGUUGCAGAAGGAGGUUGACGGCAAGAAAGGUUGGGUUGAUCAUUUGUUUCAUCGGGUUUGGCCUCCUCCUGCUAUUAACUACCGGUUUUGGCCUAAAAAUCCCCCUUCUUACAGGGAAGCAAAUGAAGUGUAUGCUAACAAGCUUCAUGGGGUGGCUGACAAAAUGUUUGAAUGUCUAUCAGAGGGGCUGGGGUUGGAACCAAAUGCAGUGAAGGAUGCUUUGGGUGGUGAAGACCUGAUUUACCUGAUGAAGAUCAAUUACUAUCCCCCAUGCCCUCGCCCGGACUUAGCUCUCGGCGUGGUGGCUCAUACCGACAUGUCCUCCAUCACCAUCCUCGUCCCAAAUGAGGUGCAGGGCCUCCAAGUCUUCAAAGAUGAUUACUGGUACGACGUCAAGUACAUUCCCAACGCCCUCAUCGUCCACAUUGGUGACCAAAUUGAGAUUUUGAGCAAUGGGAUAUACAAGAGCGUGUAUCACAGGACAACUGUGAACAAGGAAAAGACCAGGAUGUCAUGGCCAGUGUUCUUGGAGCCAACACCCGAUCAAGAGAUUGGACCCAUUCUUGAGCUGAUCAAUGAAGCAAAUCCACCCAAAUUUAAGACCAAGAAGUACAAAGACUAUGUGUAUUGUAAGCUAAAUAAGCUCCCUCAAUGAGCUGCUACCCAAUUUGACUAGAAAUAAUGUGGCUUUAGUUUCCAGAGGGUAGAUAGUGUCUGUCCCCAAAGUACAGCAAACAUGUCUAUGCUGCAAAACCUUGAACUAAAUUUCCAUCAAUUUAUCCUUUCCAUAUUUCCCCUGUAUGUAUGGCAUUCUCAAAUCCCAAUCACGAUUUUAAUCAGCCGAUUGAUUCUGAAAUGGCAUCCCAAUCACGAUUAGUUUUCCUGAACCGAAUCGCCUCGAAGAAAGAUGUCGUUUUACUCAUUGUGAUUUAUAUAUUUUACGUGAAGCAAAGCUAGCUGAAACUGAGAUGCCUCCUGAACUUGUUAGACAAUAUACAGAGGACUCUGAAGAAUCUGAUGAGGAGUUACAACUAGGUGUUCACUAUGACACAGAAUUGUCAAAGAGGAAUGAAGUUAUCCAGACUUUUGGAACACAAAGUCAAGUAAAACCACCUCAAGAAAGGCCAAAAUUGUACAAAUGCUCAACUAUACUUCUAUGAUACUGAUUACUGAACAUGAAAUUGUAAAUAGAAUGGCUAUCUCAAGCAAAUUUAAGGAGUCCAUCAUAGAACAUCUGCAGCAGAUGCUUGAAAUGAAUCCACCACACACAAAAUGCUUCCAAAGUCUUAGAAUGAAGACUUGGAUGAAUACCAAAUUUAUUUUUCCGACUGUCUGAUCCUGGAUCAGAUUAGCAUACCUUCAAUUACCCUUUUGCAUCACAAGUUGCUGCAAUGUAGAAGGAAAGCGAUGGUUUUACAGGGAAUGUAUCCCAAGAGAUUCAUGUUUACAUACAGAAGGGAAGAAACAAACAAUCACGCACUACUUUGGCUGUUAUGAUCCACUUCAAUACCCUCUCAUUUUUGCAACAGGAGAAACUGGCUGGCAUGAAGGCACUCACAGGAUAAAUGCAAUGAACAAUUAUGGAAAAUCAAAUACUUCCUCCGUCCUAUAAUUAUUGUCCUGUUUGAGUUUUCAUUUUUAGUUCAAAUUGUACUAAAAGUGAAAACCCAAACUGGACAAUAAUUAUGGGAUGGAGGGAGUACAUAUAUUGGAGAACAGAUGGUCAACCUAGACCAAUCAUAGACAGCUGAUGACAUCAUAAACACUGAGAAUGCUGGUAUGGCAUCACAAAAGUUUUCUUACAAUAACAAAAGUUCAUAUUAAUUUUAAUUCUUGAACAUCUCAUCCUAAUCGAUGCAACCUUUCUUAUCAUUUCUAGCUAUGACAAAAAGAAGAAAAUGAAAAGGAGAAGUAAAACAGUUCCAUGCCGAGAAUACUAUGCAUACAAAUUUCAGACAAGAGAAUGACAAAUCCUACCUUCUGCAUGUUGGAAGAUUGUUGCAACAAUUUUGCAGUUCAUACAUAUGUGAAAAUAGAAACUUCAAGCUUGGAUUUCUACAACAAUAAGCAGAAGCACAUAAGUCUGAAAUAUAUCAAGGUCUUCUUGAUGGCAUAGCAAAUGGUUUGACUACAGGAUGUCAAGUACUGAAAAAAAUCGUUUUACCACCAUCUUUUAUUGGAGGACCAAGAGACAUAAGAAAAAGAAUCGGGACAGAAAGAUAACAAGGACGAGCUAUUGGUCGCCUAACUUCUGCACACCCUGCUGAAGGUGAGAGAUACUUCUUACGCUUGUUAUUCAUACAUGUACUAGGACCAACAUCAUUUGAUGACUUCAAAACUUUCAAUGGAAGAGCGUUACCAACAUUUAGAGAAGCUGCAGAAAAAAUGGACUUACUACAAUCAGAUGAUGGAGUAGAAGAAUCUUUGCAGGAAGCAUGCACAUAUCAAAUGCCAGCAGCUUUACGACAAUUAUUUGUGACAAUUUUGGUGUAUUGUACAGUAAAAGAUCCGAAAAAGUUAUGGGACACCUGCGAGUCUUAUCUUUCAGAGGAUAUAGCUCAAGACCAAACGCUGUCUAGAGAUGAAGUAUGCUUCAAAGUCCUACAGCAAAUAAAUAGACAUCUCAAGUGCAUGGAGAAAAAUAUAGACAUGUAUGGUCUUUGCUCCCUUCAAUCUACAGUAUUUGAUCUUGAAGAGCAAAAUAUAGAAAUUCUUGCUGAGAAAAGCGUAAUAGUAUCAGAUGAAGACCUAGCAAGUAUAAGUAUGCUUCACAAAGAUCAGAAAGUUGCAUACCAUAAAAUAAUGGAGCGUAUAGAUACAGGAAAACCAGGAGCAUUUUUAUUGAUGGCCCUGGAGGCACAGGAAAAAAUUUCCGAUAUCGAGCACUAAUUGCAAUAGUAAGAACAGUAAGAUCAAGACAACGAAUAGCUCUGGCUACAGCAACAUCUUGUGUAGCAGCCUCAAUAAUUCCAUGAGGUCGAACAGGUCAUUUAAGAUUUAAAAUCCCCCUGAAGCAUUAUGAAAACAACAGCUGCAAUGCAAGUAAACAAAGUGCUAAAAGUUCGCUUAUCAAAGAAGCUAAUUAAUUAUUCGGGAUGAAGCAACAAUGGCUAAGAAACACUCAGUCAGAAAAAUUUGACAGAAUGCUUAAGAGACAUAAUGGGUAUGGAGACAGUAUUUGGAGGAAAAUUAGUUGUUUUUGGGGGUGAUUUCCGACGAACAUUACCUGUCAAUCGAAAAGGACAAAAAGAAGAAUGUAUUUCAGCAAGUUUAGUCAUGUCAGACUGAUGGCCUAUGUUAGAGCAAAUCAAAUUAUCAAUCAACAUGCACGCACAACCAGAUUCUGAUUUUAGUGAAUUCUUACUACGAGUUGGUAAUGGAGAAGAACCUACUUUUGAAGACAACAGAAUACAUUUACCAUCCUCCAUCGUUUUACCUUUUACUGACAAGAAUACUUCCCUUCAUUUAUUUAUUCAAUCUGUUUUUCCAGAUCACAAUACCAUUUGGUAAAAGACAGCCAAAGAUACAGAUCAAAGCUUCACUCCUUUAACAUCACAGCCAAGAGGACUUCCAGAGAGAAUUUUCUUCCAGCUGAAAACACUACUGAAUUUCAUGAGAAAACAGCCCCUUUCUCAAGGCUAGAACCAUAACCAGAAGAUCCUCGAUAGCAAAUAAUUCCUCUAGUACUUAAUAUACACGCAGUGCAUGCAAUGUGGUUCUCGUAAAAUCAAUGGUUCUAUGACAAAAGCCUCCCUUGGGAACCACAGUGCAUCAUUGAGAGGUUAUUUGAGACAAACAGUUCUUGGGAUCUUCAUACAUGACCAGUUUAACAGUUAAGUAAUGACAAUGGCCACAUGAGUCAUUUCAAGGAUAACUCAAGAUAAGAAACAUAAAGAAUGAAAAUUAAGUGAUUGCUCUUCACUGAAUAAAGUGCAGUAGCUAUGUAGGUACAGAGUUUUAAAAAUCUAUUUUCUUUUCUUCUAAUACGUGAAUCAUACUAACCAACAACUUGCUGGUUCUCAAGAACCUAAACAGCUGCUACCUUGGACCUGAUAUUUGCUCCGAUGACAUAAAGGAAUAGAAGCUAGAAACAACCCUUCUACUUGUGCGAGGAUUAUUUUCUUCGUGGUGCAUUUGAUCAUUAUGAUUGCUACCUUCGUGAGUCAUGGAAGCCUCAGCAAACCGAAGUCCAUAAAAUCUUAAGAAAUUUAGAGACUCCAUCUUUGGCUCACACAAAGGUAUUUCACCUUCUAACAUGCCAACCACACUAACCAUGUUCGGUCUUAAUGCUGGUUCCUCAUGGACACAACACAGAGCCACACGGACAAACUUCUCCACCUCUUCACUUGUAACCCGGCCCUGAAGCCUUGGAUCAGCCAGUUCCAAGUACCUACCUUGUUCAUGCAUCUCAAGUGCAAACAGAGGGAAAUAAUGAGGACCAGGUGUGGAUGAAGAUGAUGAGCCACCACAACCAUUGCUACUAUCAAGGCUAUGACUUUGGGACCGUACAGGGCAGUUUUUUCUCCCACUCACAAUUUCUAAUAAAACCAUCCCAAAGCUAUAGACAUCAGUUUUAUCUGAAAUCGUAGAAUUUGUAAGCCACUCAGGGGCAAGAUACCCACGCGUUCCCCUCAUCGUCGUAAAAAGGGUGGACUGUUCAGGGCUAAGAAGCUUUGAGAGUCCAAAAUCAGAAAGUUUAGCAUGGAAGUUAUUGUGGAGAAGGAUAUUUUCUGGUUUCACAUCACAGUGAAUAAUCUUAUGUUCACAACCACUAUGCAAGUAUGCAAGACCUCGUGCUGCUCCAAGGGCUAUUUCCACCCGUUCUUGCCACUCUAAAACCGGUGCACUACCAAAAAGGGAUCGAUCAAGUGAACCACGAUUCAUGUAUUCGUAAACUAAGAGCCGAUGCCUACCCUGGGCACAAUAUCCUUUCAGCUUGACCAAAUUCACAUGGUGAAUAUUACCAAUAAUGGCAAUUUCUGUACAGAAAUCUUUCUUCCCUUGAAUGCCUAAGUGGUUAAUUUUUUUCACUGCAACAAGGACAUUAUUAGGAAGCAUACCCUUGUAUACAGCACCAAAACCUCCAGCUCCAAUCUGAGUCUUGAAAUUCUCAGUUGCUGCCUCAAGCUCUUGAUACUCAAACCUGAUAGGUAAUCCAGGAAUUGCAAAAGCUUCCAGGUCAUCGGAGGAAGCAGAGUUCGACCGGCUAUAUUUUAAAUUUUUAAUAGCGGGCAUUCUAGACCUCCUCCACAAAAGAAAUCCCAAUAAAACCAGCAGGGACAGUCCCGUGAAAGGCAAUAGCACUAAAGCAACUAACGGAAAUCCUAGAGUUCGACUAUCUGAAUUACCAUUAUUUGGCUGAGGUUUAUAGAUGGUCUUAAUAUAUCCAAGGCGACCAUUAUCUCCUCUUGUACUCAACAACAAAGAUCCCACAUCAUUCUCAAGAACAUAACAGGAGCCAGAUGAAAUCUGAUAGUAAACUCCAAAGCAAGUACAAUUUGCUGAGCAGAGUUGUAGACACACAGAUAAAUUUACUCCAUACUUGGAAGGCGGAGUAAAAUCAUUGGAAAAGUAAUCCACAGAGUCUCCAAGUCUUGCGUAGGACACUGUCAAAGAAGAGUAUAUGUCACUUCCGUUAUUGGUUGCAUUACAGGGUGGGGGCAGAAAAUACGAGCGAUCAGUAAGCAAACAAUCAGUGAUAUUUUGGGAGUUGACAAUAAAGUUAGAUGGACAAGAGCAUUGAGGAGGAUAUGACUCGAAACCACUACUACAUACUCCCAGUUUUCCGCAUACAUUUGGGAGUCGACAUGAAUCGACAGGCAACAGAAAUUCCACCUUUGUAUUAGGACCUGAGAAACUUUUGAUGAUGAAACGCCCCGAGUAGUCCAACUGGGCUGUUCGAAAGGCAGCUGGAGCAAACUUCAACUGAAUCACCACAGCAGAUCCUCUGCGACUAAAUAGGUAAAGGCCUGUCCCAUUCAUCGUCAUAUAGUCUGCAGCAUAGUUUGAGUUAGUGUAAACAAUUGAAGACAUGGACAACUUCCAAUAAGUCUGAUUCUUCCACUGCAAGAUGGCAUCAGAGGCUGAUAAAGAAAAGCUGUAAUCACCAGUUGAGAAGUCAUCACUAGAUAGGGCACUGAACAAGGACAUCUCAGCAGGCAAGACUUGUCCCAUCACAAUAGUAUCUGUUGGGUUUUUGUAGCUCUCCCAUAAAACUACGUUGGAUCGACUAAGCAAGACAAGGUUCCCCGCUUCAUUCAGUUGUAAGGCAGACACGGAUGACCGCAGAGGUGGAGUUGACCAUUUAAAACUGCCAUCCUGGUCAGUUAUAAUAAUCCCACUUGAGGUCAAACUCACCAUUCCCAAUGUGGAGAAGGGUGAAUUGCGAUUAGCGGACCAGAUGACAGUGUUGGAAUCUGAAUGGAUAACACACAAGUAAAAUCUGGUAUGCUGAUCUCCAGGAUCGAACAAGGCAGCUUUGAAUGUGGCAUUAGGGGAAUACAAGAAAGUACCCGAACUCUCAACGAAUUUGUAAAAUGAAGCAGUGAAAUUGGGGUAAACAAAUUCUGAGGCUGGAACACCAGCUAGAACCGCCAAAGGGAGAGACACAACAGCAAAGAAGAACAAGAACAAAGACCCCAUAACGCAAAAUGCAUCAGGUUGAAGAAUGAAAAAAAAAAAAAGCAAUAAGAUGGCUAUGGUUGAAUUGGAUGUGGUCAUAAAGUCUGGAUCAACCUACUCUGUCUAUCUCCAUUAUAGUUGACUUCCUUGCAAUUGGCAGGCGGCUCUGCCCAUUUUCGGUCUCCGCGUGGAACCAAAAAAUUGAAUUCGACAACGAUGUAUGAGCUAUAAACGAACAGGCAGUUCCAUUUAAUAAUGCCAACGUCAAAAAACACAAAAAAAAAAAAAAAAAAAAACACUAAUUUUCACCCCCAAAUAAUGCAAAAAAUAAUGUGUGGGAUGAAUUCGAUAUAACCAAAGAAGAUUUCUUGAAUUGUUUUCUAAAACAUUCAAUUAUAGGAAAUAUUAUAGUCACCAAUCAUUAUCCAUCAGUUUGACUUACAUAUCCUACAGCCGACAGCUACAUUAUACUAAUAAAUUGGUAGAAAAGUCAUUCCCAGAUUCAUGCCACAACCAUUUUCGCCCGGAAACAAACCAUUUUAGAGGUCAACCAGAAAACAAAAACCCACAACAGAAAUAUAAAUAAGAUUGCUAGAAACCAAAAACAACCC